AUGUCCAUGAUCUUCUUUGCCUGUGUGGUGCGAGUGAGGGAUGGACUUCCCCUCUCAGCCUCCACAGAUUUUCAUUUCAACCAGGACUUUCUGGAAUGCAGAAAGAGAUUGAAGGCGUUGUCCUCAAUUCUGGCGCAGUAUCCAAGCCGGGGCACUGCGAAAGGACGUCACCUUAGCAUACAUUUCCUUUCUUCCGGGGAUAUUGCCUGCAUGGCAAUCUGUUCCAGCAAUUACUCAACCAUCAUGGCGUUUUGCUUCCUGGAAGAGCUUCAGUGGGAAUUUGCUGCUUCCUACGAUACAACAAGCAUCAGUUUAGCUUCCAGACCAUAUGCUUUUCUUGAAUUUGAUGACGUCAUUCAGAAAGUGAAAUACCAUUUUAACGGUGCGAGUGGCUCUCAGACAAAGGCCAACUGGGAGAAGAUGGAGGAGGACCUGAAGUUCCAUCCCCCGGUGCAGCUGAAACUGGAGGACACGGAGCUGAUGAACGGGGUGACGAACGGUGGGCUCGCAGGCGUGCAUGUGGAGGUUG